AUGGCAGGCUCUUGGGUCCAGGGCUUUGGGCGUGGCCGUGGCCGUGGCCGGCCGAGGGUUGGGUUCUACGGGUCAACCUGCAGAAACGUAGAGGGAAUAGUGCGAUCGGUGGUUCGGUCUCACCUUCAAUCCGACCGUGGGAUCGCACCGAAAAUAUUGCGUAUGCAUUUCCACGACUGCUUUGUCCACGGCUGCGAUGGCUCGGUCCUGAUCGCCGGUCCGAACUCUGAGAGAACCGCCGUGCCGAACCUCACGCUGAGAGGGUUCGAAGUCAUCGACGACGCCAAGACUCAGCUCGAAUCCGCUUGUCCCAACACUGUUUCUUGUGCCGAUAUCCUCGCCCUCGCUGCUCGUGACGUCGUCUUCUUGACAGGGGGACCGACGUGGCCGGUGCCGUUGGGACGCCUCGAUGGCCGAAUCUCGCAAGUCUCGGACGUGGACUUGCCUAGCCCGUUCGAUCCCGUCCCCGUUCAGAAGCAGGAUUUCGCAGCUAAGAAUCUCAACACCGUAGAUCUCGUCACCCUCGUUGGAGGGCACACACUAGGAACCGCAGGGUGCGGUGUGGUUAGAAACAGGUUCUUCAACUUCAACAACACAGGGAGCCCUGACCCGUCGAUCAACCCCAGAUUCGUGCCGCAGAUUCAAGCUCAGUGUCCCCUCAACGGCGACGCAACGAGGAGAGUGGCUCUUGACACUGGGAGCGAGGGCCGGUUCGACACGUCGUUCUUCACGAACGUGAGGUCGGGGCGUGGAGUCCUACAGUCCGACCAGGUCCUGUGGUCAGACCCCGAGACCAGAGCCGUCAUCGAACGUUUCUUGGGGCUGCGUCGACCGACCCUCAGAUUCGGACCGCAGUUUGCGAGUUCCAUGACCAAGAUGAGUCUCAUUGAAGUGAAGACUGGAUCUGACGGUGAAAUUCGCAGGGUUUGCUCAGCUGCUAAUUAGUUCACAAAAAGGCUAAACUCCUUUGGUUAACAGUAAUAAUGUGGUUAAUAAGCUGGUUAAAGCAUUUUGUGGUUUGGUUAUUGUUUUUCCAAUUGUAAUUACUUUUGUAAUUGUGCUACUGUUAUUUCUGCUGUCGUGUGCAAUCUUUCAUGGAAUAAAUAAGUUAUUGGUAUA